CAUCCGCCGACUGGAGCACGCACCGUCAACGCCACUAUGGCCGCCGUCACCGCGAUACUCAUCAUCACACCUUCACGACGGUUCACUACCACUGAUGACCGUCCGGCACGUGCUGGUCGACGUCCUCGACCUAAAGACGUCGGCAUUAAGGACAUACUGUGGUGUUAGUGGCUGCAAAGUAGAGACAUGUACCACUAGGCAAACACCAGCAUCCCUACCCGCCUGCGAGAGCAAUCGUACAUGAGACAUAUAACAGAUUAUUACAGUACAACUCUUCAAGGUGCUGUCAUUAUUGGAAAUGCCAGACAGAAUCCAGAAAAUCAAUUAGUAUUCCAAUUCGGAUUUGUCAAUAAAGUGUUGAUUAUCAACAAUCGACUGGGACCAGGGGAACUGCAGGAGGGGAAAAAAGAGGGAGCAUCAAGAUGCGGCCAUGCAUUGCAUGUGGGAGGCCGUUGUGACACCAUGAACUCAACUGCGGCGGUGAACACGUCUAUGAUCGAUGCUCCUAACGAGGGAAGAAAUUUAUAAUCAUUGCAAAGUUUGUGAUGAGAGGUUCUACGGCAUCACUCU